AUGGCGCCGCCCUUGCCCUUAAUGUUGGUAACUAAGCCAAUUGAGAAGCUACUGACAUUAAAAUGUCGUCUCAUCAAAUUGGAUCCGAAAAGUGCAAUAACAAAUGACAUGCGUGAUCGUGGUUGGGAACAAUUCGGACGUUGGAAAUGUCCGUAUCCUGAUAUGGAUAAGAACCUUCCAGAAGGGACGGCCGGAAACAUAUACCGUGCAAUGCUUGCAAACUGCAAACUUUGA